AUCAAAAUGCUUGAAGCAGUGAGCGUGCUUGACCCAGCCAUGAAGAAUGUGGUUCAUUUCUUUGAGCAGUUUCAACACAAAGGACAUACCUGUCUAGUGUUUGAAAUGCUGGACAGGAGUCUUUUACAACUGCUCAGCGAACAGCAAGGGACGCCACUCUCUCUCCAUGAGAUACGGCCAAUAACCCACCAGUUGCUGAUGGCCUUGGAUGCUCUGAAGGGCAUUGGUGUGGUUCACUCAGACCUGAAGCCAGACAAUAUAAUGCUGGCAAACCAUCUGAGUGAGCCCUUCAGAAUAAAACUGAUAGAUUUUGGCGUGUCGUUCAGUGUCCGAGAAGAGGUAUUUGGGAAGACAAUUCAGCCUCUGGGUUACAGGGCACCUGAAGUCACCCUGGGCUCCCCUUCUCCGAGGCCAUAG